CAUUCGCUCCUUUCCAGCCAUUAUUAUGAGCCGUCCUUCCCCCAGCAGCCUCCUCUGCCCCUCAGCAGCCUCCACCGCCCUCCAGUAUGUGUUGACGUCAUUUCACAGGAUUUGUUUUUGGACUAAAGCUGUAGAGAUCUGUAAGAAAUGGCACUUCUGUAGCUAAAUAUCUUAUUCAGCCAUUUUGUUAUUUUUAAACAUUAAAUGACCUGGCAUGAUGGGGUAUUGAUCGGUUAUACAGUUUAAAGCCGUUGUUUUUGCCCAAAGUCAACCUUUAAGUACAUAAUUUUUGGUUUUCUCUUCGCUUGGCCCUAAUACUCUUCCGUAGUUGAUUUACCGUUCUCCUAGCAGCAGGAUAUUAUGCUGGCGGCAUGAAUGUAGAUUUGUUUUCUUCAAAAUAAGAGUCCCGCUGCAAAGACAUGCUAAACUUUGGGAAUAUAUUUUUUUUUUGCACCUGUGCAGUACAGCUGUUUUUCACAGCAUUGCAACCACCUUUGGGGGAAAAUAAAUUAUCAUUUGACAUAUUUUAUUUUUAAUAUUGUAUUUAUUGAACAAGGCAGUUAACCCACUGUUCCUAGGCCGUCAUUGAAAAUAGGAAUUUGUUCUUAACUGACUUGCCUAGUUAAAUAAAAGGUGAAAUAAAAAUUUAUACCAGCAUUUCUUUAAAUGUACACAAAUACUGGUAUGUUGAAAGCUGUUGUGUAGGCCAGGGCGCUCCAACCCUGUUACUGGAGAGCUCCCGUCCUGUAGGUUUUCGCUCCAAACCUAAUCUAACAUACCUGAUUCUAAUAAUUAGCUGGUUGAUAAGCUGAACCAGGCUAGUUUACAACUGGGGAUGGAGUGAACGUACAGGAUGUUAUCUCUCUCACUGGGGAUGGAGUGAACGUACAGGACGUUAUCUCUCACUGGGGAUGGAGUGAACGUACAGGACGGUAUCUCUCUCACUGGGGAUGGAGUGAACGUACAGGACGUUAUCUCUCACUGGGGAUGGAGUGAACGUACAGGACGGUAUCUCUCUCACUGGGGAUGGAGUGAACGUACAGGACGUUAUCUCUCACUGGGGAUGGAGUGAACGUACAGGACGGUAUCUCUCUCACUGGGGAUGGAGUGAACGUACAGGACGAAUUGUACUGUGCUGUUGCCUGAACAUAAGACCAUGGAUGAUAGAGAGAAGACACAACCGAAUCUGGACACAUCUGUGAAGAAGAUUACACGUCCAAGUAACACUUCAAACAACCAGCAACAAACUCCUGACCAAUCUCCAGGAUCUGAUGCCAAGAAAGAAUCACACGAUGAAAGCCAUUCCUUCCGAUACCGCUUCGAAUACAAACAAUACAGAGUUACAUGCCAUACUCAUGGAACGGUCCUGGAUGCACUGCGAACAAGCCCGGAGUUCGAGAACAUGACAAAGAAAAAACAGGGGAUGGAAAUUGUCAUCCAAAGAGAAAAAGAGCGAAGGGCAGCUGUCAGUACACAUUUCCCCUGCCAUUUAAUUGAUAACGAUGAGCUAGUGACAGUCAGCUUCAUCAAAGUUCCAAACGGCAGUUCUCCAGAUACCCAGAGCCUUUACAAACAGAGUAACCCCCGCAAAAAAAUACAACCUGACAAGUUGAUGACUUUCUGUGUUGAAACUCAGGGUGGACAAAAUAUUAAAACGAAAGUAAUGAAAAACCCAGAGCUAAGGAAGAAAGUGAAGUAUGUCUGUGUGUACGGAUACAAAGGGGAAAAGGUGAAGCAAGCCUUGAGGAGAGAUGGGCGAUUUGAUAAAACCAUCUUGAAAACACGCUGUGUUCUUUCUGAGCCAGAGACGAGGGUCGACACAGAGAUGUCCCAGCUAGUUGAUGGUCUUGAUGGGAAAAGUCAUCAAGGUCGUGAAGGUGAAAUGUUGGUUGUGAAGGUAAAACGUAUCGGUCGUGUAUCUCAGCCACAGCCAGAUAGUCUUGAGGAUUGGGACAACACACCAACUGAAGAGCUGUCCGUCCCCCCUGGUGGAACAUCAGAAGCAGCUCUCUCUCCUCAGAAUCCUACCACAACAGACACAGUUCAAACACAGUUGCAGUCAAAGGAGGCAGGAAAAGAUGGUAGUUCUCUGGUGGUGAAGCAAAAACGGCAAGAGAUUCCAAACUCUAAAGAGAUCCUAAACAUCCUGCCUUCCCAAUAUGCAGGCUUGGAAGAUCACUUGAAAGAGAGAGAGAAUUUGAAAAAGCCUUCAGACGUGCAACAAUUCUUAAGAGUAGAGUUUGGAAAGAAAACACAGGGCUUCCAAGAGGUGAAGAAAGUGAAGAUACUAAUGGAGCUGAGUGCUUCUGUUUGUCAGGUGAGAAUUGAAGGGACAGCAAAAGGAACUGGCUUCCUUCUGUUUGACAAGUUCAUCCUUACAAACGCCCAUGUUGUCCAAGAAAUCUAUGAGCCGAUAACUAACACGCUGCAACAAUCUGUAACGGUCACGUUUGACUUUGAAGACCUGGGUGAGAAAACGCAGCAGAUACCAGUGCAAAGUGAGGUUGUAGCCUAUGGAAAAGAUGAUUCUGGGAAUGUUGACUUUGCUUUGCUGGAGCUUAGCUCAGAUCCUGACAUCACCUUGCCUUUAAGCUUGCUGGACACCUUCAGCUUUCCAUCUCCAGAUGGUGGAAUCUUCAUCAUCGGCCACCCCGAGGGCGGGGUGAAAAAGACAGACCCCUGCUUUAUCAUUCAACGUGGAGAUUUCGAACAAGCUGUAGAAAAACAUUUAACAGAAAAUAAGGAAUUUCUUCAUGUCAUAAAGAGAAGAUGUUUAGAGGAGAAAUGGGACAUCACACAUCUACCGAGGGACACAAAAAAGAUUAUUUAUGACAGCUGUUUAUUCCACGGUGCCUCUGGCUCUCCAGUUUUCAAUGAGUACUGCCAGCUGAUAGCUAUGCAUACAGGCGGCUACUCCUACCCGGGUGAAGGACAGAAAACCCAGAGUAUCAAAGAGUAUGCUAUUCCCCUGUCAGGCAUACUUGAGGAGAUCAUCAUCCAAGAGGUGCGUAGGAAACGAGUUGAUGUGCUACAGGGAUUCCUGAGCCACAGGAGUCAGAAAUUAGACGUAGUGAUGGAAAGAGUCAAGACACAGUCUGAUAAAGCCAGCCUGGUCAAGGCCUUUCAGGAGAAGCUGCCGUUCGACAGUAACACUUCAGCUACAGAUCAGGGAGAGCAGAGAACCUUCCACCAGUUCCUCUUUGAUAAAGACGACGCCACAGGGGUCGACGCCACAGGGGUCGACGCCACAGGGGUCGACGCCACAGGGGUCGACGUCACAGGGGUCGACGCCAUGGAGGUGGAUGAUAUCUAUGACAAUUGAAAAAGUGCCCAGUUGUCAUAUUUGAGUAAAAGUAAAGAUACCUUAAUAGCAAGUGACUCAAGUAAAAGUAGCCCAGUAAAAUACUUCUUGAGUAAAAG